AUGGGGAGGGCGCCGUGCUGCGACAAGGCGACGGUGAAGAAAGGGCCGUGGUCGCCGGAGGAGGACGCCAAGCUCAAGGCCUACAUCGACGAGAACGGCACCGGCGGCAACUGGAUCGCGCUCCCACAGAAGAUCGGGCUGAAGAGGUGUGGCAAAAGCUGCAGGCUGAGAUGGCUCAACUAUCUGAGGCCAAACAUCAAGCACGGGGAUUUCACCGAAGAAGAGGAGCACAUCAUUUGCAGCCUCUACAUAAGCAUCGGCAGCAGGUGGUCGAUCAUCGCGGCGCAGCUGCCGGGAAGGACAGACAACGACAUCAAGAACUACUGGAACACCAAGCUCAAGAAGAAGCUCCUCGGCAAGCGCGCGCCCUCUGGUCACACCCUGUCCGGCGCCGAGGCGGAUCAACUCAACUCCUCCACCCGCGGCGCGAGCUACGAGAUGCCGGCGCCGGGAAGCUUCGAGCGAACCACGCUAGGGUUCUGCUCUCCUGCCGGCGAGGCUUCCGACGUGUCCAGCACCGUCGAAAUGAGCUCGGAACCAAUGGUAGGUGGUGGCUUCGGCUACGGCCACGUUGACGAGCUAUACGACUUCCUCUACAGCAAGCAGCUAGCCGCGGCCGGAGGUUUUCAAGGUGGAGUUCCUCCGCUGCAAGAGCUGCAGUGUCCAGAUGGCGGUGCCGUCGUGGGAGCGGACGAGAGGUUCUCGACGUGGAUGGCGUCUUGCGACUAUGCUCCUACGACCGGCGCCAGUCAGCUCCAGCUCCAAGGCAGCAACUCCAUUAAUCUGCAGGAUUUCGUGUUAGGGUAUGAUCAAUAA